GGAGAAUAUAAAGCGCGACGGUGGCCCCGACUAUGCCUGCCGUCACGGCCGAAGCAGCACACUCGUCUUGUACCAAAAGCCAUCAUGGUUCACUUGCUUGUUCUGGCUGUUGCUUUUGUCCUGGGAGCCGCCGGCGCACGCGACCCUGGCCACCAAGCCCAUGAUCUCAGCUCUCAUCCCUCUCCGGUUGCCAACUUGGGCAAGAACUUGCCAACCCAAGUCAGCCCCCGCCUUGCGAGAGCAACAUCCGACACGGGAGCACUGCUCUGUGGAACCAACGAGGUGUGCCUCGAUGGAAGUUGCUGUGGUCCUCUUGGAAUCUGCGGGUACGGGCCCGAUUUCUGCGGCGCCGGCUGCUUAAACAACUGCGAUGCGAAGGCCAUGUGCGGAAUCUACAGCGAAGGAGGUACCGAAAAGUGCGGCAUGAACCUCUGCUGCGGUGCUGCUGGUUGGUGCGGUACCUCGGAAACACACUGCAUCGGCCCGGAUUAUUGGCCGUGCCAGGAAGGCUACGGAUCAUGCCAGAUCGUUCAACCUCCCUCCUGCGAUGCCAAUGCCGGCUCAGCCGAGGGACGCCGCAUUGGUUACUACCAGAGCUGGAAUGUCCGCGACCGCGUGUGCAUGAAGGUGGCGCCGAGCGACAUCCAGACCGCCAACUACACCCAUCUGUACUUCUCUUUCGCCAGCAUUGAUCCCGACACCUUUGCUGUGGUACCGGCCAACGCGGGCGACGUGGCCCUGAUGUACGAGUUCACCGCGCUCAAGUCGUCCACCCUCCAGACGUGGAUCGCCAUCGGAGGGUACAGCUUCAGCGACCCAGGCCCGACUCACACGACGUGGAGCGACAUGGUAUCCACGCAGGCGCGCCGUGCGGCCUUCAUCCAGUCGCUGAUCGUCUUCAUGCAGGCGUACGGCUUCCAGGGCGCCGACCUCGACUGGGAGUACCCGGUGGACGAGAAGCGCGGCGGGCGGAAGGGCGACUCGGCCAACUUCGCGCUCCUCGUGAAGGAGAUGCGACAGGCCUUCGGCGCGCAGUACGGCAUCAGCCUCGCGCUCGCGCCUGACUACUGGUACCUGCGUUACUUCGAUGCCAAGGCGAUGGAGCCGUACGUGGAUUGGUUCGGGUUCAUGGCAUACGACCUGCACGGCUCGUGGGACUCGGAUGUCGGUGCCCUGGGCUCCAUCGUCCGCGGCCAGGCCGACGUGCGCGAGAUUUACAACAACACGAUGCCGCUGUGGUACGCCGCCCUCAACCCGGCCAAGAUCAACUUCGGCCUCGCCUACUACGGCCGCGGCUACACCCUGGCCAACCCCGCAUGCAACACCCUAGGUUGUGGCUUCACCGGUCCCAACAAGCCGUUCCCUUGUACCGCCUACCCGGGCGUCAUGUCUCUCGCCGAAGGUGAGAAGUUUGCCCGGGAUAACGGUAUCACCCCGAAGCUGCUCGCGGGCGCUAUGAUGAAGGAGCUCACGUGGGACGACCAGUGGGUUGGGUAUGACGACCACGAGACGAUCGAGAUGAAGAUGCGGUUUGCUAGCGGUCUCUGCUUCGGCGGGACCAUGGCCUGGAGCAUCGACUUCAACUCGGGUGCGGGCAGCGGCCUCGAGCCCCCCGUGACUACAGAUGGUACUUGUGGCGCGGUAAACGGAAACACAGUUUGCGGGAACGGAUUCGGCAACUGCUGCUCGGCAUCGGGAUGGUGCGGUGACAGUGCCGCACAUUGCGGGAGCGGAUGCCAGAGUGGCGAAUGCCUUACGGGGUUCGUUACUACUGACGGAACCUGUGGUGCCGCACACGGUGACUCGAUCUGCGGCAACUGGGCGGCCGGUGGCUGCUGCUCAUCGUCGGGCUUCUGUGGCAGCUCUGACGCGCAUUGCGGCACUGGCUGCCAGAGUGGGUGCGACGGGAAGGGAGGCAACAACACCUCGCAGACCAACUUCACGACCCGAAGGUGGAUGACCCCAUCCCCUCGAUUGUGGACGUAGUGAUUAACACGGUGAAGCGCUGGGGUUUCAAGUAUUUUUGCCACAAUUUCCCCUGGCUUGUCGGGUACUCCGGUCUCGAGCCAUGUCCCAACCAUUCCGCCAACCGCGGCACCUUCAGAAACAAACCCACCAUUUUCGAGCGAGGUCCAGGAAUCAGAUGACCCCCUCCCAACGCCGAUCACCGUCUCGCCAACCGCA